CCCGGUGCCGCCCCUCCCCCAGGGUGACGCGAGCCGGGGCGGGGCGCGGAGCGACUGUCUAGGCGGCGGCGGCGGCGGAGCGAGGGCAGCGCGGCGGCACCAUGGGGGCCCAGCUGAGCACGUUGGGCCAUGUGGUGCUGUCCCCAGUCUGGUUCCUCUACAGCCUGCUCAUGAAGCUGUUCCAGCGCUCCUUGCCGCCCAUCACCCUUGAGAACCCAGAUAUCAAGUACCCACUGCGGCUCGUCGAUAAGGAAAUCAUCAACCAUGACACCCGACGUUUCCGCUUCGCCCUGCCAACACCCCAGCAUAUACUGGGCCUCCCCGUGGGCCAGCACAUCUACCUCUCAGCUCGAAUUGAUGGAAACCUGGUCAUUCGGCCCUACACGCCUGUCUCCAGUGAUGACGACAAGGGCUUCGUGGACCUGGUCAUUAAGAUUUACUUCAAGGAUACCAACCCCAAGUUUCCUGCUGGAGGGAAGAUGUCUCAGUACCUGGAAAGCAUGCAGACUGGGGACACCAUUGACUUCCGAGGCCCGAAUGGGUUGCUGGUCUACCAGGGCAAAGGGAAAUUCGCCAUCCGUCCAGACAAGAAAUCCAACCCCGUCAUUAAGACAGUGAAAUCUGUUGGCAUGAUCGCAGGAGGGACAGGCAUCACCCCAAUGCUUCAGGUGAUCCGCGCCAUCAUAAAAGACCCAGACGACCACACCGUGUGCCACCUGCUCUUUGCCAACCAGACGGAGAAGGACAUCCUGCUGCGGCCCGAGCUGGAGGAGCUGAGGAACCAACAUUCUGCUCAAUUCAAGCUCUGGUACACGGUGGACAGAGCCCCUGAAGGCUGGGACUACAGCCAAGGCUUUGUGAACGAGGAGAUGAUUCGGGACCACCUUCCGCCCCCAGAGGAGGAGCCGCUUGUGCUGAUGUGCGGACCCCCACCCAUGAUUCAGUAUGCCUGCCUGCCCAACCUGGACCACGUGGGCCACCCCAAGGAGCGCUGCUUCACCUUCUGAGGGCCAGUGCUGGCCGCAUACACCUGCCCCGCAUACGCACCUUGCCCCGUCCACAUUGACCCCACCACCACCCCACUCUGCCCCUUUUCACACUGGGGCCUACCUUCAGCCUGGCCUGCCCUCGCCCUGGUGACUACCCAGCUGAGCUGGCCCCCGAGGGGCCCCUUUGGGAGCAGGGUUCUGUUUCAGCCACAGUGGAACCUCCAGGAUAGGUUCCCAUCCAGCACCCCCAUCCCUGUCCUCAUCCCCUGACUCCCCCAACACCACACUACAAGGCCGAGAGCUCCCAGUGCCACAUUCUGCUUGCUGCCUUGGGGCAGUGGACCACAGUCUGGAUGGAAGCCCACCCUCGCCAGCGUCCUUGUUCACCCCUCACUGCCUGCCUUGGGCCACGGUCAGGCCCCUGACACUACAUGAGAUGGGUGACACUAAAAAGUCCUCUGGGGGUGGGCUGCUGCGGAUGAGAGGCUGUCCUGACUCCAGGGCCCAGAGCGGAGUGGGGGGGACUGGGCAGCUGGGGAGUUGGCUCUUCCCAUGGCCAGAGUGGGAUGCAAGUGCUGGCCAAGACCGGGAGGCCAGCAAGUGGGCCCUCUGGAAUGGCGCCAUUUCUCCCAACACAGCAAAUGUUAAGCAGCCGUGGGAGUCCCGAGCUGUCAGUCAGCAGCCCCACGGGCUACCCUAGGCCAGCAGUCCUGACAUCAACCUACAGCAACCGUGUUGGUUUAUUCCUCCGUCCUAAGCCCACCUCCUCCUCCCGCCUUGUCCCAGCACAGGGAGAGUUUGAGCAGUGCCUCUUGUCCUAGAGACCUAUGUGACCUCGAUGUUGCCCUUAGGUAGCAGCUGUGCUAGCUCUUGCUACUGGCUUUUUCAGAGUCAUUUAUGAGCAGAAAAAAAUUGAAUUAAAACUUUGCUAAUGUUAACCCUC